GCUCUGCCCAUUUUCAUCAUCAAAUUGCCUUCCUCCAUUCGCAAAACUAGAAAGAAGCCAACCGAAAAAGUCCCUCAUCAUAAUCUCAGAUUCGCCGCACGUCUCUGCUUAUUUUUCCGAAUUCUCAUAGCCACAAAUUUCUGGGUGUUCAUCUUGUUCUUCGUCUGACGAAUCUUGAUUGAGUUUUGCAAAGGAAUUUGGCUUUUCGGGAGAGAAAAAAGGGCUGCUGUGUUUUUUUCCAAUAUUGAUUUCCAGUAUUGAAUGAUCAAUGGAGUCGAAAGGUGGCAAGAAGAAGUCUAGCAGUAGUAGUAAAUCCUUGUUCUACGAAGCUCCCCUCGGUUACAGCAUUGAAGACGUUCGCCCAAACGGUGGAAUCAAGAAAUUCAGAUCUGCUGCUUACUCCAACGUCACGAUGACAGUCUCUGCAAUUGGAUUUGAAGGAUACGAGAAGAGGCUAGAAAUAGCCUUCUUCGAGCCGGGUAUCUUUGUUGACCCGGAAGGGAAGGGUCUCCGAUCUCUGUCGAAGGCUCAGUUGGAUGAGAUUCUUGGACCGGCUCAGUGCACCAUUGUCGACUCACUUGCUAAUGCUGAUGUGGAUUCCUAUGUCCUCUCUGAGUCCAGCCUCUUUGUAUUCGCAUACAAGAUCGUCAUCAAAACUUGUGGGACUACAAAGCUGCUUCUAUCUAUCCCACCAAUCCUCGAGUUGGCAGAAGCCCUUUCUCUUAAGGUGAAGUCAGUGAGGUACACUCGUGGUAGUUUUAUCUGCCCUUCAGCACAGCUAUAUCCUCAUCGUAGCUUCUCCGAGGAAGUCUCUGUACUCGAUGGAUAUUUUGGGAAGCUCGGUUCUGGAGGCAGCAAGGCCUAUAUCAUGGGUGGAUGGGAUAGCCAGCAGAAGUGGCAUGUUUACUCUGCUACUGCAGAUGCUGCUAUGGUUGAUGAACCAGUUUACACUGUGGAGAUGUGCAUGACUGGUCUUGACAGAGAAAAAGCUGCAGUGUUCUUCAAAACCCAGUCUCCUACCGGAGCUGUGAUGACUGUUGAUUCUGGGAUAAGGAAGAUCCUUCCAGACUCUGAAAUUUGUGAUUUUGACUUUGACCCUUGUGGCUAUUCCAUGAAUGCUAUCGAAGGCGGUGCUGUUUCCACCAUUCACGUGACCCCAGAAGACGGGUUCAGCUAUGCAAGCUUUGAAAUGAUGGGGUACGACCUGAAAGAAGUGGGUCUGAAGCAGGUGGUCGAUAGGGUGCUGGCUUGCUUCAAGCCAAGCGAGUUCUCUGUUGCUGUGCAUGCUACUAAUGUGGCUGGGAGGAAACUGGAGAAGGAGUGUGCCCUGGAUGUGAAGGGAUACUGUCGCGGAGAGAGGAGCCAUGAAGAGCUCGGAAUGGGAGGUUCUGUUGUCUAUCAGAAGUUUGAUGCUGCUUCUUCUGAGGAUACUGGGUCUCCUAGAUCAACUCUGAAGUGCUGCUUUAAAGAGGAAGACGAGGAAGUUUGA